UGCAAAGUAUGAUCUUGGUGUGACAGCGAUACGGAAGGUGCAGUACUUUUGCAAUGCUGUUUUCCAGGCUCCGAGGCCUGAGAGCCCGGCGCCUGCUCUUGUUCUCGCUUCUGUUUCUCGCAGCCUGGGAGGCAGGGAGCGGCCAGAUCCAUUACUCUGUCUCCGAGGAGGCCAAACACGGCACCUUUGUGGGCCGCAUCGCGCAGGACCUGGGGCUGGAGCUGACGGAGCUGGUGCCCCGCCUGUUCAGAGUGGCGUCCAAGGACCGCGGAGACCUUCUGGAGGUAAAUCUGCAGAAUGGCAUUUUGUUUGUGAAUUCUCGGAUCGACCGGGAGGAGCUGUGCGGGCGGAGCGCGGAGUGUAGCAUCCACCUGGAGGUGAUCGUGGACAGGCCGCUGCAGGUUUUCCACGUGGAGGUGAGGGUUAAAGAUAUUAAUGAUAACCCACCGGUUUUCAAAGGCGCAGAGCAAAGGAUUUUUAUUCCUGAAAAUAGGCAACUAGAUUCACGGUUUCCACUAGAGGGCGCCGUGGACGCAGACAUUGGUGCCAAUUCUCUUUUAACUUACACGCUGAGCCCCUCUGAUUACUUUUCUUUAAAGGUAGAGACAACAGACGAACUCAGUAAAUCCCUUUCUCUUGAACUGAGAAAAUCUUUGGAUAGAGAAGAAACACCAGAACUUCAGUUAUUACUGACAGCCACCGACGGGGGCAAGCCAGAGCUGGAGGGGACAGUUCGGCUGCAGAUUACUGUGCUCGAUGUUAAUGACAACGCCCCACUGUUUGACCAGGCCAUUUACAGAGCACAGUUAGUAGAAUCUACAGUGAAUGGGACAUUAGUGACCACGUUAAAUGCCACUGACGCUGAUGAAGGUGUCAAUGGUGAAGUUGUGUUUUCCUUUGGCAAUGACGUUUCUCUUGACAUUCAAGAAAAAUUCAAUGUGGAUUCUCUUUCAGGAGAAAUUAGAGUGAUCGGUGAUCUAGAUUAUGAAAAAACAAAAUCCUAUGAAAUUCAAAUAAAGGCAGUUGAUAAAGGGACUCCCUCCAUGUCAAAUCACUGCAAGGUUUUGGUGAAAGUACUGGAUAUAAAUGAUAAUGCUCCAGAGCUGGCGAUCACAUCCUUGUCUUUGCCCAUCAAAGAGGAUGCUCCACUUAACACUGUCAUCGCACUCAUCAAGGUAUCCGACAUUGACUCAGGUGUCAAUGGGCAGGUGACCUGCUCCCUGACUCCUCAUGUCCCUUUCAAGUUGGUGUCUACCUUCAAGAAUUACUAUUCGCUUGUGUUGGACAGCACCCUGGACCGAGAGACCACAGCGGACUAUAAGGUGGUGGUGACAGCCCGCGACGGGGGCUCGCCCUCGUUGUGGGCCACGGCCAGCGUGUCCGUGGAGGUGGCUGACGUGAAUGACAAUGCUCCAGUGUUUGCGCAGCCCGAAUACACCGUGUUCGUGAAGGAGAACAACCAGCCUGGCACGCACAUCUUCACGGUGUCUGCGGUGGACGCGGAUGCGCAGGAGAACGCGCUGGUGUCCUACUCGCUGGUGGAGCGGAGGGUGGGCGAGCGCUUGCUGUCGAGCUAUGUGUCUGUGCACGCGGAGAGCGGCAAGGUGUUCGCUCUGCAGCCUCUGGACCAUGAGGAGCUGGAGCUGCUGCAGUUCCAGGUGAGCGCGCGGGAUGCUGGUGUGCCUGCCCUGGGCAGCAAUGUGACUCUGCAGGUGUUUGUACUGGACGAGAAUGACAAUGCACCCACACUGCUGGGGCCUCACGCAGGCAGCGCAGUGAGCGAACUGGUGUCACGGACAAUGAGUGCAGGGCAUGUGGUGACGAAGGUGCGCGCGGUGGACGCGGACUCUGGCUACAAUGCGUGGCUGUCAUAUGAACUACAACCUCCUACAGGUGGUGCGCGCAACCCGUUUCGCGUGGGUCUGUACACUGGUGAGAUCAGCACCACACGCUCCUUAGAUGAGGUCGAUGUUCCACGACAGCGUCUCUUGGUGCUGGUGAAGGACCAUGGAGAGCCAAUGCUGACUGCUACUGCUACGGUGUUGGUAUCUCUGGUGGAAAGCAGUCCGAUCCAGAAAGCCUCUUUGCCUGUAUUAACCGGUGCAGUGGGUUCCAAGGCAUCGCUGGUGGAUGUCAACGUGUACCUGAUCAUCGCCAUCUGUGCCGUGUCCAGCCUGUUAGUGCUCACUUUGCUUCUGUACACAGCGCUGCGCUGCUCCGCGACACCCACUGAUGGAGCCUGUGCUCCGGGGAAGCCCAUGCUGGUGUGCUCCAGCGCGGUGGGGAGCUGGUCAUACUCGCAGCAGAGGCGACAGAAGGUGUGCUCUGGAGAGGGUCCACCUAAGACCGACCUCAUGGCCUUCAGCCCCGGUUUAGCCCCAGGUUUGAACAUAGUGGAAAGAAGUGACCACGCAGAAGUAAAUUCAGAUCUUUCUGGUAAUGUAAGUGCAAAUUUGAGCUGUGGCUUCGAACUUCUUUUUAGAUUUAACUUUAUUUUUUAA